CACAACUUUACCUCUCCCCCAAAAUCAUUCCAUCUCUAAACCCCUUCGAAACCCUAAUCUAAUUCAACCCAUCUCUCUCUUCCCCAAUUGCUCUUCACUCCGAAUUCAAGAACUCCACUCUUCUACUGACAUCUUUUUAUGGCUGAUGAAAAUCCAAGCUUUGGUGUACAUGAUGGGGAUUAUGUACCCGAGUCUGAGGUUGUGACUGAGACUGAGGCUGAUAAUGCACAGGCCGAGGCCGAGGCCGAGGCACAGGCCAUGGUGGAGGCACAAGCCAUGGCUGAGGCUCAGGCAAUGGCAGCAGAGGCACAAGUAAUGGCUGCAGAGGGAGAAGGGAUAGGGGCAGAUACUCAGGCCUUGGCAGAGGCUCAGGCAAUGGCAGCGGAGGCUCAUGCAAUGGCUGCAGAGGCUCAAGCCGUACUUGAGGCACAGGCUGAGGCAGAGGGACGGGAUGAGCCACUGGGGCAGUUUCAAGGACAGCUGCAAGAGGAUGAGUUACUGCCUGAACAUGACCAAGAGUGUCAUGAAGAUGCUGGGGGUAUUGAAGGUGAGAAGAAGUGGCCUGGUUGGCCUGGUGAGAGUGUUUUCCGGAUGUUGGUUCCUGCUCAGAAGGUGGGUAGUAUUAUUGGACGCAAGGGGGAGUUCAUUAAAAAAAUUGUGGAGGAGACGCGAGCUCGGAUUAAAAUUCUUGAUGGUCCUCCAGGAACAACUGAAAGAGCUGUGAUGGUUUCCGGCAAGGAGGAGCCUGAUUCUUCCCUCCCUCCUGCAAUUGAUGGCCUUUUGAGAGUACAUGCGCGGAUUGUUGAUGGUUUGGAUGCUGACUCUUCUCAAGCUCCCCCAGGCAUGGGUGGCAAAGUUUCCACAAGGUUGCUGGUUCCAGCCUCACAGGCUGGUAGCUUGAUUGGAAAACAGGGAGGAACUGUUAAAUCCAUUCAAGAAACAUCUAACUGUAUAGUUAGAGUUCUUGGAUCAGAGGAUCUACCCGUUUUUGCUCUUCCAGAUGACCGGGUUGUGGAAGUAGUGGGCGAGCCAGUUGGUGUGCACAAAGGAAUUGAACUAAUUGCAUCUCACCUCAGGAAGUUCUUGGUUGACCGCAGUAUAAUUCCAGUAUUUGAAAUGCAUAUGCAGGCAAAUCCUCCUCCGAUGGAGCACAACCCUCCUCAUCAAUCAUGGGGUCCGCCUCAAGGUAUUCCACACAAUGCUGGCGGAGGCCCUGGAUAUGGGCCACCUAAUCCCCAGUACAUGCCACCUUUCCGGCAGCAAUAUGACAAUUACUAUCCACCAAUUGAGUUGCCCCCACCUAUGGAGAAACAGCCACAUCAUGGCAUAUCAGCUUAUGGGAGAGAAAAUCCUAUGGGUGUUCAUACAUCAUCAAAUGCUCAAUCAGCACCAUCGAUGGUCUCGCAGCUCACACAUCAAAUGCAAAUUCCAUUGUCAUUCGCUGAUGCUGUUAUAGGCACAGCUGGUGCAAGUAUAAGCUAUAUUCGACGGGCUAGUGGGGCAACUGUUACAAUACAAGAGACAAGGGGCGUUCCUGGGGAAAUGACUGUUGAAAUCAGUGGAAGCGCUUCCCAAGUCCAAGCGGCUGAACAACUGAUACAGAAUUUCAUGGUUGAGGCUGGAGCACCACAACAACCACAAGCUGCUCCCCCUGUGGAUCAGGGUUAUAAUUCCUAUUCAGCUCAUGGUUCUGUGUAUGCAUCUCCCCCGUCCAACCAAGGUCACCAAGGCCAUGCUGGCGGCUAUGGCUCAGUCUUUGGCCAACACUAUGGUUACUAGCUCAAUAGGAAAUAUCUUUUGGCUCGUCUAAGUUGAGACUAGCUGUAAUUGUUGUGAACUUGGUAGUCACCAAGUAGUUUUUCUAUAGGGCAGCUGUAUUGUCACUCUCUGAUUCUCCUUUUUGAAAACUUUGAUUUAGAAACAGUCCGAUAUGUCAGAUUUGAUGUUUACAUUAGGAGGAUUGAACCAAUUUAGUGUCGGAGUUUUCCUGUUUUACCUAAAACCUGAUUGAUGCAUUGGGGAUCAUACUUGGUGUCAAACUUUGAGGCAACAAGACUUUAAAUUACAAAUGAUACAUUUACUGUU